UUGCCAAAUAUUAUAUUAUUUAUUUUUUGAUAUUUACUUAAGUUUUUUAGUUAUUUAUACAAUUUUUUUUACUUGACCAAUAUUUAAUUAAUUUAUUAAAUUAUAUUCUUAUCAAUAUGACCAUAGAAUCAAAGGAUACUGUUAUAAAUCCAAAAGUGCCCUAUAAUGGAGAAAUAUGGGGUGGAUUACAAACAGGAAAGAUAAUAUUUAUCCAGGGUGACCUCUCCAAAAAUCCCAAAAAAUUGACCAUUAAUUUAUUAAACGGUGAUACUGAUAAAGAGGAUAUUGCUUUGCAUUUAAAUGUGCGCUUUGAGGAUAAUGUUAUUGUGCGUAAUUCUAAAAUAGGAGAUUCUUGGGGUAACGAAGAGAGGGAAGGUGGCGUACCAUUCGACAAAGGACACAUAUACGAAAUUAUCAUUUUGGUUACAAGGACUCAUCUUAAGAUAGCAAUAAACGGCUUUUAUUACACGAGCUACAAUUACAGAUCUCCAGUGGAACGUAUUAAAAGAUUGCAUAUAGCCGGUGAUACUUCUCUUAAUUUAGUCCGUGUAUUGCAGACAAAAUUUGGUGAAGGCGAAUUUUCUGGCGAAAAUUGGUUGGUCGCUCCACCUCCAGUUUUGAAUCCGAAAGUACCUUAUCAUGCACCGAUCGGAAUUGGUAAGCUCAUGGAUGGAUCGGGAAUUUUUAUUCAAGGAUUUGCACAUAAGAAUGCCAAAAACAUUAAUAUCAAUUUGAAAUCGGGGUACGACAAAGACGAUGAUAUUCCCUUUCAUUACAACUUAAGAUUUGGAGAAGAUGUGAUGGUAAUUAACUCUUAUGAUAACAAAUCCUGGGGAAAAGAAGAAAGAGUUAAACAUUUUCCUUUCCAAAAAGGGCAAAUGUUUGAACUAUUUUAUUUUUUAGAAGGUGACCAUUAUAGAGUAUCAAUAAAUGGCAAGCCAGUUUUUGAAUUUAGGCAUCGUAUCAAUCCCGAAGGGGUCAGAGUGCUUGCGAUAGAAGGAGAUCUUGAUUUGAUUAACGUAUGGUUUAAACCACCGUUGCCCGGAAGAUAUCAAAAUGAUAUACAUUCAUACUUUGUGGACUGUUGUGGUUUUUGCUGUGGUACUUACAAAAUUCCUGAACAAUAUGGUAUUAAGACGGAUGCCAUGUCCUCUGUUACGCCUCCGAAUUUCAAUCCGCCAACCCCCUUUUCACUCUUUAUACCAGGUGGAUUAAAAGAAGGCAGAAUAAUAAUUGUUAGCGGAGAUGGUACACUUUUAGGUAAAACGUGGUCUCUUAAUCUUCAAACCGAUCGAGCGGUAGAAGGCAAGCCUUUACCCGAUGUUGGAUUUCAUAUGAACGUAAGAUAUGGUGAUAAAAUGGUUGUCCGGAAUACUAGGCAAGCUGGGAAAUGGAUGGUAGAAGAAGCCAAUACACCAUUUUUUCCUUUUGAGAAAGGAACUUUUGAAUUGGUCAUUUUUUGCAUGGAUAAAGCAUUUGCUAUAGCGGUGAACGGUCAGCAUUUCUGGGACUUUAGAUAUCGCCUUUACCCUAAUGACAAAAUUGAUACCUUAGUUGUUGAAGGCGAUGUGAAGAUAAAGCAUGUUUGCAUAUGUUAAAUUUGAUGAAAAAUAUUUGUAGGCUUAUGGCUCAUUUAUAUAUAUUUGAUGCUUAUAAUAUUUAUUAAAUCUAUGAUUAUAAUAAUUAAGGUUUCCAUUUUUUGAUAAUUAUAAUUAUUUUCUUUUAGUAAAAUUAAUUAUUUAUAUAUUAGAUUAUAAACCUAAAAUUUAUACUUUCUAAACGUUUUUAUACAAAUGUCAAUUGCUCUAAUUUAAUAAUAUAUUAUGUAUAACCCAAAAUAUUAGUUAACAUUUUAAAUUUUAUAAUGCUUUUAAUUUAUAUAAAACAAUAUUUUAUUAUAUUAUUUAAAUUAGAUAAUAUA